AAACCUGAUGAAGAAGAAGUCAUUACAGAAGAAAAUAUAGCUAAACUGAAGGAUGAAGUGGAAGAAAAGAAGAAACUCAUUGCUACUUUACGAAAUAAGCCCUGGCCUAUGAAGCAGAAGUUGCAACUACUGAAAGAAGCACAGGAAUUUGUGGAGAAAUUUGAAGGUGCUCUUGGGAAAGGAAAAGGCAAAAAGUUUUAUGCCUAUAAAGUAAUGAUGACCAAAAAAUGGAUGAAGUUUCAGCGUGACUUUGAGAACUUCAAAGCUGCCUGCAUUCCAUGGGAAAUGAAAAUAAAAGAGAUUGAAAGUCACUUUGGGUCUUCUGUUGCUUCAUAUUUCAUAUUCUUAAGAUGGAUGUACGGGAUCAAUAUGGUUCUUUUUGGAUUAACGUUUGGUUUGGUCAUGAUCCCAGAGGCUCUGAUGGGAAAGCCAUAUGGUAGUAUGCCUAGAAAAACAGUUCCAAAGAGUGAACAAGACUCAGCCAUGAAUUUUGCCACUUUGUGGGAUUUUGGGGGCUAUGCACGAUAUUCUGUCCUUUUCUAUGGUUAUUAUAAUCAUCAGCGGUCAAUUGGAUGGCUGAAGUUCCGGCUUCCUUUGAGCUAUUUCCUGGUGGGAAUUGGCACAAUAGGAUACAGCUUCAUGGUGGUGAUUAGAACAAUGGCAAGCAAUGCGAAUGAGGAGGGGAGUGGUGACGACACAAGUUUUAACUUUAGUUGGAAGAUGUUUACAAGCUGGGAUUACUUGAUUGGAAAUGCAGAAACUGCAGAUAACAAAUUUGCUUCCAUUACAACCAGCUUUAAGGAAUCCAUUCUUGAAGAACAAGAGAAUCGGAAAGAAGGAAACAUCCAUUUAACUAGGUUCUUACGGGUUCUUGCCAAUUUCUUGGUGCUCCUCACUCUGGCUGGAAGUGGUUACCUGAUUUUCUUUGUCGUCAGGAGAUCUCAGAAGUUUGCGCAGGAAGGACUGGAGGACUACGGAUGGUGGGAAAGAAAUGAAGUAAAUGUGGUUAUGUCACUGCUGGGUAUGUUCUGUCCAAUGUUAUUUGACAUCAUCAGUCCUUUAGAGAACUACCACCCACGAAUUGCACUCCAAUGGCAACUGGGCCGCAUUUUUGCUUUGUUUCUUGGUAAUCUCUACACAUUUAUUAUUGCUUUAUUGGAUGAAAUUAAUCUCAAGCUCGAAGAAGAGAAGAUAAUUAAAUACAAUAUUACUAUCUGGGAACAGAAUCUUUACAAUGGAACAUGGUUGGAGAAUUCAACAGCACGUCCAUCAAUAGAUGUAGAUCCUGCCAUUGUACCCAGAGGACCUUGUUGGGAGACGAUGGUGGGACAGGAGUUUGUGCGGCUCACAGUUUCAGAUACUUUGACCACAGUGAUAACUAUACUGAUCGGGGAUUUUCUUCGUGCUGUAUUUGUCAGAUUUUUUAACUAUUGCUGGUGCUGGGACCUCGAGUAUGGAUUUCCUUCCUAUGGAGAAUUUGAUAUUAGUGGGAAUGUUUUGGGUUUGAUCUUCAAUCAAGGCAUGAUAUGGAUGGGUGCCUUUUAUGCUCCAUGUCUUCCAGCUAUCAAUGUCUUACGACUCCUGGCUUCAAUGUAUCUACAAUGUUGGGCUGUCAUGUGUACCAAUGUUCCACAUGAGCGAGUGUUUAAGGCAUCAAGAUCCAAUAACUUCUAUAUGGCUAUGUUGCUGAUUAUCCUGUUUCUGUCAACACUGCCUGCAGUUUACACAAUUGUUUCAAUACCACCAUCUUUUGAUUGUGGACCAUUUAGUGGGAAAAAUAGAAUGUUUGAUGUUAUUCAAGAAACGUUGGAAAACGAUUUUCCAGCCUGGUUCGCAAAAGUUUUCAGUGCUGCAAGCAACCCUGGUUUGGUUCUUUCUUUUAUUUUGAUUAUGGUUUUGGCAAUAUAUUAUCUUCAGACAACUUCUAAAUCAUACAAGGCGGCAAACCUGGAAUUAAAGAAGAAACUACAAAAUCAAAGUGAAGAAAACAAGAAGAGAAGCAAAGUGAAUGCUGAAGCUGCAGCAAGUCAAAUGGAAGAACUGCAAAAUUCCUUGAAAAAAGGGAUGGGAAAUUCAUCAAGGUUAACAGCAAAAGACAGCAACAGCGAAUCUGUUGAUGAGGUGGAUAAGAAACCAAGUGGUGUUAAUUCUGCUAACCAGCCUCUAACUCACAAUGCUAGUCUACCCAAUGAAAGGGGGAUGAGACUUGCGGCUCCCCCACGAGUGGCUAUCACACGACCACCAAGGCCAAGAAAUCCUGGCCAAUGCCCAGGCCAACCGUGGUAUCCUGGUCCACAUCAAUAUUAUGGAGCUCGCCCACGGAUCCCCAGAGGGGCUGCUUCUUAUAGAUGA